GACUCUUCCGCGGUCACACUGUGCUAGCUUUGGUUUUUCAUGAUGGCAUAAACAUUAUCCGGAAACGUACAUGAAACCGCAACCGCCGAGCUGGUGCACCGCUGCAAUCGACGAGGACGUCCGCCCGCGCCGCCCAAUCGAUACUACCGCUCGGCGAGGGAAAGCGCAGCGUGGAAACUCAGCAACGCGGCGCCGCCAUUGAGAGAGCUGCAUAAGAAAAGCGUGUGCUCCCGCAAACAACAAGAAAAAACUAACGAGAGGGGAGUGGAGUGAGAGGAAAACCGAUUUGAGGUCGCCGGAUGUGAAAAUGUCGCAAGCAACUGGAGGAUCAGCCGCCGGAAUGGACGACCAAGCACCUAGCAAUCUGGCAAAGCCACCGGAGGAUCUCCAGGACAUUGACACCAAUAGUCUGGAGCCGGGCGAAGUUGUGACCCCGCCCCAUCUUCAUCCGGGGAGUCCGGCCAUUAAGAAGCAACUUUCCAAGGACCUGAUGAUCAGCAAAACGUUGCGAAAGAUGCCAGGUGGUACUUUGGAACUGGCACGCAUGGAGAACGGCUCUUUGGGAACACCGAAAACACAACCGGAAGAGGCGGAUGAUAGCGAAGGUCUGUAUUCGGAUUCGGACUCCUCGGGGGAGGACCUCAAGAACCUGGAGGAUGUGCAAAAGGCCAGGAAGGAGAAACAGGAGGAGGCUGAAGCUGCUGCCCAUCCUCAAGCGCCACCCACGCCCUUUUUGGGCAUUAAUCCUUUAAGAUUCCACAUGAGAGCUCCUUGCUUUGACUUCCCCCGCAUGGGUUUUAUGCCCCGGAUGGCCAGGGGAGGACCCAUGACCAGGGGUAUGAGACCGCUUUUCUUUGGUCGCCCGCCCAUGCAAAAUCGUAUGGGAGCACCAAUGAUGGCUGGUUCACCAAGCCAAGGACCUCCGCCGGGAGCUUAUGGACCGCAGAAUCCUCCAGGUCCAGGAGAUAACAACAACUCAGGACGUUCAAAGCGACCCCAAUCGGAUGUAGUAUGGACAGCCUUGCAGCCGCCAGUGUCUUUUGUCUUCAAUCUGGUCACCGAGUGCUCGAACUCAAAGCACGAAAAGUGUAGGAGUAAAGCGGAACCUGCCACACAGAAUUCCACAGAAGCCCCCAGCGAAACAAAGGACAAGACCACUGAACAGUUAAAUGAAAUUGAUCGAUCCAGGGGCAAGACCAGGGAAAAGUCCCCACACAGAGAUGCCGAUAGAGGAAAAACAAGAGAAAGAACCCAGGAAAGAAAUCAAAAUCGAGGAAAAACUGAGGAACGGUCAAAAGAAAGCGAUUUAUCCAGAGGAAAAACUAGUGAAAAAUCCAAGGACAGGGAUUUAGGUAGAGGGAAAGCUAGAGAAAAGUCAAGGGAUAGAGAUUCAAUUCGAGGAAAAAAUAGGGAUCGAUCACAAGAUAGAAAUCAAGAUAGGGCAAAAAAGAGAAAAAGAUCAAAGGAAAAAGAACAAACUGAAGGUGAGUCUGAGACGACCGCAAUAGAUCGAACUACAGGAAAAGCAAAGGACCGAUCCAGGGAGAGAGAUCCAACAAGGCCGAAAACACCUGAAAGGUCACAAACGGGAGAUCAAAGCAGAGGAAAGACAUUGGACAGAGAACAGAGCAGGGCUAAAUCAAGGAAAAGGUCCAGAUCCAGAGAGAAGCGUCGAGAAAAAUCCAAGGAAAAGCUUGGCGAUAAAGAGAAUAACAGAGUCUUAUCCAGUGAAAAACUGAACGAAAAAACCAAAGUGCACAGGGAUAAAUCUAAGGUUGAAUCGCAGGACAAGUAUAAGGAAACGCACGAGGAGGGCCCAAAUAAAAAGCGCAGGGAAAAAUCCAAGGAAAAGGUCAGAAAACGAUCAAAGGAGAAAUCACCGCGAAAAAUUCAUGAUAAGACAACGGAAAAAAUAUCUGAUGUCAAACAAAUCAAAGAUUUAAAAGAAAAACCCUCGGAACGUAAGAAAGACACACUGCCGGAACAAUUAGUCGAAACACUAGACGAACGUUCAAAGGAUAAGCAAAGAAAGCGAUCUGGAGAGAAAUUAACAGCAAGAUGCUUAAAAGAAAGCGGUAAAGACAAAUCUAGGGUUCAUUCGAGGGAAAAGUCUAAGGAAAGGUAUGUAGAAAAACGCAGCGAUCUGUCGAAAGCGAAGGAGUUUGGAACUUCCAGGGAAAAGGGUGUUGAUAGAUCGAGAAGAGCAGCAACGCCGCAUGAUUCCUCCUACAAAAAUGCCUUAGAAAUCGAUCACGGCUCCAGAAAAAAGAGCGAGCCAUCUUCGUCAUGGGAGGACAGAGAAGGAACUCCACCAACAACGCCGCCACAUGUUCAUAUCCCCCUGACUCCAACUGGUGAAAUCCAGAAGCCGAAGUGUUUCGAUAUAUUUGCCGAAUCUCCGCCAAGAUUAAACACUGCCGUUACAGCUCCAGCUGUAUCUAUCGAAAGGAGUACUACGCCGCCAUUAAAGGCGACCCCCAUUUCCAUUCCUAUUGCUCAAAUUUCCAAACCCGACAAAUUGGCUCCUCUGCUCAAGGCCAGCGAGAUUCACAGUAGGAUUGGCGCUCUGCUCGAGGACAGUGAUUUGCAUUUGGAUGCCCUUUUGGCUACCAAGGAACAGUUGUUCCGUCGCACCAAUGAAUACAAGGAGAGGAAAGAGGCGCCCAAAGAAAUUAAAACAGAACCUCUGUCAAAAAAUAGAGAUAGGAGAUCCGGUGGUGAAAAAGCAGAGGUUGACCAUCACAUAAACCAAACCAGACAUAUAAAUCCCUUCAAGCGUGAAUCAGUAUUAAGCGGGAAGAAAUCUUCCUCACGUCCUUCAAGCAAGGAGAGGCGUCUUCAUCGAAACGACAGUGGCAGUGAAGAGAAUUGGGACACAAAUUUGGAAAGAGAAAGAAAUCAAUCACAUGACAAUCAUCAAAGUGGAUCGCAACCAAGACGCAGUGAUGAGUACAGAAACCUCAGCAUUAAGAUUGAAAAGGAUCUUACGCCCCCGCCUCAACAAAAGUCCUUUACUGUAACCACCAUUAAAACCGAACGCAAUUCCACGCCCCCACGAAAGGCGGAACGGGAAGUGCUGGUAAGAAAUGGUGCUGUGGCUGCCAAUGCUCCUCCACCAGCAAACGAGCAGGAAAGUCCCGAUACAGAUGACUACAUUGACAACUGGGAAAACGACGAUUCAAUGGCCAGUAUGCCGAAGAACGCCCCACCGGUUACUCCGACUCCUACUCCAAAUCCCAUUGUUUCUCUAAAUGCAACCCCCUUGCCUCCACCAGCUGCCCAAUUCAACGGCGAGGAUGAGGAUUCGAAUGCCUUGUGGAAUGCCAACAGCACUCCACCUCCUCGAACCAAAGAUGGGAACCUAGCCACGAGCAAUAUCCAUGAGAUAUAUGACAAGUUCAUGAAUAGUAUUAAGAUGUCAAACGAGGAUUUGGAGCCAGAUAUUCUGGAAACCUCCAAGAACAGUUCCUUGAGUAAUUCCGCUGCCGAUGAAAGUUCUUCGGGCACUGAGACUUCGUCAACAAGUAGCAGUAGUAGCGAAUCCGAGGAGGAUUCCAGUUCAGACAACGAAGAUGAUAAUGAGAACUCUUCGGAUGAGGAAUCCCUCGUAACAUCAGGAUAUUCUAUAACGAAUCAAGAUGAUACAUCUGGCAAGGAACAGCAGCAAAAAAAGAACAAUGUUAGCAAAGAUUUGCGCAAACUCAAAAGUCUUGAAGACAAUCUGGCCAGAAUUCAGAUGAUGCGUGAGAACUACGACGCUGGCGAUGAGAUCUCCGAGGAACUACUCAAAAUGGAAUCCCUGUUUCUGAUGCAGCGCAAUGCCAUCAUGGAUAAGUACCGCAAGCAGGAGCUUAAGAACAAUUCAAGUGAAGAUCAACAGCCAAUAGAUGAACAAGAAAACGUUCAGAAGGAAGUGGAAGCUCAGCAAUCAGCCUUUCCCGUAAACAACAUCUUUAAUGCCAAUCGUGAAGCCAUCAAACUGACUAUUUCGCCUCUGAAACUCACAAGAAAACCGGCAAUUUUCGACAAGGAUGAACCAGAGCAACCGGAACCAUCCAAGCUUUCUGAGGAGCCUCCUAAAGCACCACUGCAAAAGCCACCUAAGGAGAUUGCCAUUGUUAAACCCACUAUUGUGAAAUCCCGUUCGAAAUCUAGGACACUGAGGAGUCCACCACCGCCGACAGGAAGUCGUCGAAGGUCUCGUUCACGUUCCAUAUCCAGAAAUAGAUCCCGUCGUCGCGGCUCGAGGGUCAGGUCGCGUUCUCCGAGCCCCAGACGCUGGCGUCCUCCAUCGCCGAGGAGAGGAUCAAGAUAUGCUAAGAGAAUCGGUGGAGUAACAGUCGGAGGAACUAAAAUUGGAAGAAGUCGCAGCAGAAGUCUAACAAGGAGUCGAACUCGUAGUAGGAGUCCAAAUAGACGAAGACGUGCGCUACCAAUAGGUGGAAAUAGGAAACGUAGUUCGUUGUCUCCUAUUCCACCUAAAAUGGCUGGUCCUCGGUCACCACCUCCUCCCCGCCUGCGUCGCUCAUUAAGUCGAGAUAGGGAGCGAGAACGGGAGAGGGAUCGCUUCUCUCGCUCGCGUUCCCCGUUGCCUUUUAAACCACCUUCGCCGCCAAUGCGACGCAGUUGGUCCAAAAGCCGUUCACCAACCAGGAGGAGAUCGUUCUCCAGGUCUCGAUCCCGAUCCAUAUCUCCAAGAUCUCGUUCGCUUGGAAACGAAAGCUUUGUUAACUAUUUUGAGGAAAAUCAGGGCAUGGAAGCGGCUGCCUACUACUACAACAUGUCAUUGAUGCAGCAGGAGAAUCAGGAUACAAUGGGAGAGGGCUAUGAUGCGUAUGCCGCCUACAUGGACUCCGCCUACAACAUGGAACAGGCCUAUGCCCAGUACUCCGAAGACUAUUCGAACUCGUAUGGGGAUUAUAUGGGUGAAGUAUCUUCGUCACCUCAGCCACCUGGAUCAGUACUCAGGGAACUCCCUAUGGCACCGAUGGUACCCAUGGAAUCCAUUCCUCCUACGGCAGCGAUUGUUUCAAUGCCACCAAUGAUGCCUUUAUCAUCGGUAAUGCCGGUGGCUGUGCAAAAGGGAAACGUUUUGGAGAUAGUACCUUCUGGCGAGGACACAACGGAAGUGGAGGACACUCCGUUGCCAGUUGCAAUAGAAGAACCAAUGGAAGACAAUAGUAAACCUAAGCGAAAAAGCGUGAACUUUGUGGAUAACGUGCUGCCCACCUACGAGAGCGAUAACGAGGACCGCGCCUUUGUUGGGAUGGCGGUCGAACGCGCGCUGCGAAAAUAUCAGGAGCGUCGCGCCCAAGCAGCUGCCAAGCUGCAACAGAUUCGGGACGAGUUACUUGCAUUGCCUGCGCCACCGCCGCCUCUAACACCCAAGCCAGCCAACUUAGAAAAGGCCGUCUUGGUGCAAAAGAAGCCCAAGUUCCGGUACUUCCAUUUUGAUCCUCUUAAAGGAGCAAUAGUAAAGUCGCACGCACGAAUGCUACGUUCACCUAACCGCCCGCCAUUCGAUCCCAAGCAUUUUGCCAUGCUGAUGAAGACCGGUCGCCUGCCUCAGAUGCCGCCAGGGUUCCUGCGACUUCGCCCGCCAAUUAUUCCUGCGCAUGUGGAUGCUGCCACAAGGGCAGUGAUGCUCAAGGAGUUCUUUAGCAAACAUCCACCACCUCCACUGCCGAUGCCCAUGCCUUUGCCGGAUGGAAUGCCCUAUUACCUGAGUGGACCACCUCCUAUGCCAAGUGGAGCUGUACUUUCUCCUGUGCCUAUUAAUGUGCUACCGCAGCCCAUUCCCGUUUUGGAUGGAAGUGGUUAUCAGGGCUACCCUCAGCCGGUUGCCAUGGUGCCAUCGCCUGUUCCGGUUCCUGUACCCGUGCCGCUACCAGUGCCCGUGCCUGUUCCAUCUAAUCCUACGCCACCGCCUGCGAUGAUACCUCCUUAUUUCACACCUCCACCUCUGCCUGAGCUGCCAACUCUACCCGAACUGCCGUCUCAAUUCACUGUGAACUCGGUGCCCACCAUUACGGAGAUAAUGCCGGUGGAUAUACUGCAGAAACUGGGACCGUUGCCGAAAACUUUAGACGUAGAUGAUGGGGGAACAGCCAGCCCGGAGGAAGCCAGCAACGAUCUCAAGGAGUCUGAAACCAAGCCAGCCGAACAGCCAGUGGUGGACAUUCAGCCGCAACUCCUUGUGGAGACUUAGUAGUGGAUCCAUCUCUUGAUAGUUUGAUUAUUUAGCCAAUAGUUUUCCUUUAGAUAAUUCGCUUCAUGAUCAUGAAUAUCCUUUACUUUAAUACUUAAUUUUAAAAAGUUUUGUUUAUAUAAUUUUUUUAAUUGACCAUUUUGUAAACAAGAUGCAUUUAUUGAUAGAAGUCGUUUUAGGUUUAUUCAGCUCUAAGUUUGUAUGUCAUUUAUAUAUGGUUCGACCUGACCAAAUUCAUUGAUUUCUACAAGAAAAUAAAAAUGUAAAUAUUUCAGUGCGCUUAAGAAUUAUACACAUUUCGCAACAUUACGAAUAUAUGAGUCAUUUAUUAAAACGAAACUUGA